AGUAGUCCCAAUUAAAACAUUACAAAACCCAACUCAAACCAGCACUGUACAGCCCAAAUCUUUCAAGAAUUUUUUUUUUCUUUGGGUUAAUCUUAUUGGGAUUAACAAACAGGCAAUAAGUAGCCUGUCAAGUGACAGUGCCCGCCUUGACCUUAAUCUCCACCACAUGCCAUGCCAAGAUGCCAUCCUCUAAGAACCAACAACGUUGUUCUCGUUGUUACAACUUCUUGCAAAGGAAAAAUUAAUAGCAAAAAAACAGUAUCAGUUCUUAGUAAUCACUGCUUUGAUUUUUCUGGACACUCUUCAGCUUUUAGACCCGAAAUAAUCCCUCUCAGGCAAUCGAGGUGGGAUCUUUUUAUGCUGUGACCCAUGAAGAAGAAUCAAGUAAAUCAAUGAGAUAUUAAGCAAAAUCAAAACAAUGGUUAGAGUUUUUCCAGCGUGUGUGUUUCAACCUAAGUGCCUCCUUCUCUUCAUUGUCCUGGUUAUUUUUCUCAUCUUUGCUUUUACCAAUCCUAAGCAGGAUGAAGUGAAGGAAGAAGAACAGGACUAUGAGAUAACACAUAGAGUAUACUUGGAUAUUGAUAUUGAUGGGCAACGUCAGGGUAGAAUUGUUAUUGGAUUAUAUGGCGAGGUUGUACCAAAAACUGUAGAAAAUUUCAGGGCUUUAUGCACAGGGACAAAGCAUAAGGGUGCAAGUGGGAAAGCCCUCCAUUAUAAGGGAAUACCUUUUCACCGUAUAAUAUCUGGCUUCAUGAUUCAAGGCGGUGACGUGGUUUACGGUGAUGGGAGGGGAAGUGAUUCUAUAUAUGGCAGUGUUUUUCCUGAUGAAAAUUUUAAGAUAAAACAUUCACAUGCAGGAGUUGUUUCCAUGGUGAAUUCAGGACCAAAUUCCAAUGGUUCUCAGUUUUUCAUCACCACCAUCAAGGCUAGCUGGUUGGAUGGAGAGCAUGUUGUUUUUGGAAAGGUUAUCCAAGGCAUGGAUAUUGUUUAUGCAAUUGAAGGGGGAGCAGGAACGUAUAGUGGAAAACCCAGAAAGAAAGUAAUUAUUGCUGACUCGGGAGAGAUACCCAAGGACAAGUGGGAUGAGGAAAGAUGAAGCUCCGUUAACACCAGCAAGUUUUUGUACUAUUGAAUUUGCUAAUCUGUGAUUAGAUAAUUGUUUAGUUACAUAUAUAUUGAGCUACCACCUGUCAUGUUUUGGAUCCAGAGUCUUAUGCUUUACUGGAUAUAUUUCAUCACUCUGUUGUAUUCGAUAACUGUUAUUAAUAGAAUCAUUUCAUUUUCUUAGCAACUA